AUGCAGGGCCCUGAGGCAUCGAGCCCCGGUGCGCUCGCUGGCCUUCCCUCAACUCUCAGCACAGUGAUAGGCACCCCGACGACGUCACCGCUCGACCUCGUCGCUUCGUCCGUCCCAACCGCCGACCAAACCCCCGGCGCUCUAUCGCAACAACAACUCCAGAACAAUCUGCAGCAUGUUCUCUCGACUUUGUCCUCCGAUUACGAAAAUGGCCGCGCACUUGCCGCCGGUGGCAACUCCUCCGGCUCGACCGGCAAAGGUAUCCUGAUUGGGAUCCUGUCCGCCUUUGGCUCGGCAGCCAUCGCCUUUAUCGUUCUCGCGAUCUUUUUCUUCUUCAAGUAUACCCGCCGCGGCCGGAUUCUGCUCGAUCGCAUUGGUCGACCCGGCGAAUUCGACGAUGAGCAGGCGUUUGCGCGGGAGGAGGAGGCGGCUCUGGAGGGCAUGGAUGACCUGUCGCGAUCGGAAUAUCUUCGAGCAAAAGCCUUCGUUCAAGCCAAUCCGCCCGAAUCUAUGCAAACCGACAUUUCUCUGUCACAAUUCCUUGCCAUCCAAGAAAAGGGCGUCUCCGCUUGGGAAUUCCAGCCGGAACUGGAGAUUGCAAACUGUUUUGUCGAAGGACGCACGGAAAUUGAAUUCUUCGAUUCCGAGUGCAGUGUGCAGACCAAUCUUCCCAUUCCGAAACAGAAUGAGGUCUACUACUGGGAAGCCAAGAUCUACGACAAACCGGAGUCAACAAUGAUUGGUGUCGGCCUUACAACCAAGCCUUACCCUCUUUUCCGAAUGCCUGGCUUCCACAAAACCUCCGUCGCCUAUGAAUCUACAGGUCACCGCAGACACAACCAGCCAUUUGCCCCGACUCCAUACGGGCCACCGCUUUCUCAAGGCGACGUCAUUGGAGUUGGCUACCGACCCCGAUCGGGUACUAUCUUCUUCACUCGCAACGGCAAGAGGCUCGAAGAUAUCGCUCACAACUACCGCACUCAAAAUUUGUUCCCCACCGUUGGGUCCAAUGGCCCCUGCAGCGUUCAUGUUAAUUUUGGCCAAAUGGGCUUCGUGUUUAUCGAGGCUAAUGUCAAGAAAUGGGGCUUGGCCCCCAUGACUGGCAGCCUGGCCCCGCCCCCACCCUACGGCAGCGAACAAGGCAGCAUUCUACUCGAGUCGGGCCGUGAAAGCGCCGCCCAAAUCUCGCAGCGCGUCUACCAGACCCACACUGCAAGAAGCUCAAGUGUUGGACUCCCUCAGGCAGUCAGCCCCGGUCCUAUCCGUUCUCCCACCGACAUUUCUCUUGCUCAAUUGGCCCACAUCCCUUCUAACGAAGACGCUGGUGAAGGGUCCAGUCGGAUUGGGGAUGCAGAAAGCAAUCAUCCUGCAACAGCGGGUGAAACUGAUGAUGACGGGGUCCCGCCUCCAGAAUAUUCGAGCCCCGGGAGUAGUCGCAGGGGCAGUGAUGCCAGCCUGGAAUUCCCCGCCAGGAACUCUGGCGAGUUGAGCUCCCCUCCGGCGAACCCCGAGCAGGCACCCCAGAAUCUACCGAGCUAUCAGGCUGCGGUGGACCGGGAAGAGAGCGACCACGACUAA